AUGUCGCCCGACCACGGAUCGUCGCGUUCGCGACGAGGAGUUUGGAGCCACUGGGUUCCGCUUGCUGUUACCCUCACGGUUGCGACCGUGGGUGUCGCAGCUUGGGUAUGGAGCCAGCGAAAGGACGAAGAUGAGGAAGCCGAACAUGUGUCAGGUCUCGACUACGCGAACGUGGAUUAUGGCGCGGAUAAUCGAGCUCAAGGCUCCAGAGAUAUUGGGCCCGAGAAGCCUCCGCGACCAGAUGGACAAAGCCAAGGGAUAGCGCCUGGAGAAGAAGAGGUUGCUGGAUCCGGAUGGGGCUUCCGAGGUGCACUGCGACGAACUCCCAGUCCGCAGCAGUUCUUCGAUUCGACUGGCAAGACGGUCGCGGCAGGUGUCGCAGCAGCCAGCGCAGCCAUGGGCAAAGCUCUGGCCUCAAUUCGCGAGGAGGAUAAGAGUCCCUACAGUGGCGAGAGUAACCCUUGGUCCGAAGAGGCCGACGCGAAAGAGGAGCAGGAGCGCCAACCGCCCGCGCCAGCAUCCCCAUCUGCCAUCAGCGGUGGCAAGAAGCGCAAGACUGUUGCCAUUGUUGUCUCUGCCGAUGCGCAAUCGUCUUUUGAAGAUGAAGAUGGAUUCCACGAGCACGCGUCUAUCCUGUCGCACAUUCCCCGUCACAAUGAUUUCUCCCAUAUCAAGUUGUUUGUUUUGAUUUACGCUCCAGCCCUGAAGGAUACGACAACGGAUACUGCUACGAGUAACCUUCCGCCUCCUUCGCUGAGCUCUUCAUUUUCUAACAUUGGUCACGAUCAAGUUACACCUGGCGAGGAGUCCAAGAACCCACUCGCAUCGUCGAGCCCCUUGUUCAACUCCGUGUACUCUGAGGCCUUGGGCCUUGUGGAGAAGGAAACUAUGGUUCUUCCCUUCACUACUCCCAACGGCCAUGUGCAUAUCCUUCGACAUCUCCAGCCCGAGGUGAUCUACCUUCAGGAAUCGCUGUCUGGCGAGGAAGGUAGCAUCAUCACGAACCUCCAGACCUGGCUUCGCCAUGACGUCAUCCUCGUUGUUGGAGCUGACGGCGGUUCCGGAGGUCUCGCGGAUAGUGAGUCGGAAGCCGAGAGGGCAACGAAGACUGAAUUAUGGUGGCAGCGAACAGAACGAGUUGGCCGAGGCCGAGGGAUUGUUGUUGUGGACGGAAUGCGCGUCAAUGACGACUGGACGCGCCGGGUCCAGGGCCAGGAGUGA